UUCAUGGUGUAGCAAAAGUCAAAAAGCAAGUAGAAUGGUAGAAAUUAUCAGGAUUUGGGUGUCAGCUUAUCCUUUAUAGAAGCUGAAUGCCAUCUUGUUUCUCCCCAUCCCCAGAAGAAGAGGGAAAUGCAUUGUGAGGGCAGAGAGUAAAAAAGGAAAGAUACCCUUGAUUUGCAGAAGGCAUCUCAAAAUGUUGUGUCGAGCUGCUCUGAGCCCUCUUGUCCGUUCCCCUGGAUGGUGCUUUGUGUUAUCGCCACAUGCCAUCGCAGCCAUUUCCCGUUUAUAUCUGCCUCACCAUAACCAAAGAUUAAGGAAUGAAUCCAUCCGUUGUUGGAGCAACAUCCCAUUUAUCACCAUGCCACUCAGCCGUGCACAUGGAAAAUCAUUUGCACACCGCAGUGAGCUGAAGCAUGCAAAGCGGAUUGUAGUGAAGCUGGGUAGUGCUGUUGUGACUCGAGGGGAUGAGUGUGGCUUGGCCCUUGGGAGGCUGGCAUCUAUUGUAGAGCAGGUGUCAAUGCUGCAAAAUCAGGGCCGAGAGAUGAUGAUUGUCACCAGCGGUGCUGUAGCUUUUGGAAAGCAGCGGUUGCGUCAUGAGAUCUUGCUUUCUCAGAGUGUGAGGCAAGCACUUCAUUCAGGCCAGAGUCAGCUAAAAGAUAUGGCUAUUCCAGUAUUGGAGGCCCGAGCCUGUGCAGCAGCUGGCCAGAGUGGACUAAUGGCUCUGUAUGAGGCCAUGUUUACGCAGUACAGCAUCUGUGCAGCUCAAAUUUUAGUCACCAACCUGGAUUUCCAUGAUGAACAGAAGCGUCGGAACUUAAAUGGGACAUUGCAUGAGCUCUUAAGAAUGAAUAUUGUCCCUAUAAUUAACACUAAUGAUGCUGUUGUUCCACCUCCAGAGCCAAACAGUGAUCUGCAGGGGGUGAUUAGUGUGAAGGAUAACGACAGUCUGGCAGCACGACUGGCUGUGGAAAUGAAAACUGAUCUCCUGAUUGUUCUCUCAGAUGUAGAAGGACUCUUUGACAGCCCUCCAGGAUCUGAUGAUGCAAAGCUCAUUGACAUAUUCUACCCAGGAGACCAGCAGUCUGUAACAUUUGGAACCAAAUCCCGGGUGGGAAUGGGAGGCAUGGAAGCCAAGGUGAAAGCAGCUCUGUGGGCCCUCCAAGGCGGCACCUCUGUAGUGAUUGCAAAUGGAACCCACCCAAAGAUCUCGGGUCAUGUCAUCACAGAUAUUGUGGAAGGGAAAAAAGUUGGAACUUUUUUUUCAGAGGUAAAACCUGCAGGUCCUACAGUAGAGCAGCAGGGUGAAAUGGCUCGAGCUGGUGGCAGGACCCUUGCGGCUCUACAGCCUGAGCAGAGAGCGGAGAUUAUUUAUCGUCUUGCUGACUUACUAACUGACCAGAGAGAAGAAAUUCUCUUGGCAAACAAAAAGGACUUAGAAGAGGCUGAAAAUAAAGGGAGAUUGGCACUUCCUUUGUUGAAACGUCUAAGUCUGUCUACGUCAAAGCUGAACAGCUUGGCUAUUGGUCUGCGUCAGAUUGCAGCAUCCUCACAGGACAGCGUCGGCCGUGUAAUUCGGCGAACACGAAUAGCAAAAGACCUGGAUUUGGAGCAGGUGACAGUGCCUAUUGGCGUCCUUCUUGUGAUCUUUGAGUCCCGUCCUGACUGUCUUCCACAGGCACAUAGCAAUCAAAUCCUUCAUCAUCUGACACAAGAAGCACUCUCCAUUCAUGGAGUCAAAGAUGCGGUACAACUAGUGAACACCAGAGAGGAAGUAGAAGAUCUCUGCCGUUUGGAUAAGCUAAUAGAUCUAAUCAUUCCACGUGGUUCAUCACAGCUAGUCAGGAAUAUCCAGAAAGCUGCUAAGGGAAUCCCAGUGAUGGGACACAGCGAAGGGAUCUGUCAUGUGUAUGUGGAUACGGAUGCCAGCGUUGAGAAGGUCACACGAAUAAUCAGAGACUCAAAGUGUGAAUAUCCUGCUGCCUGUAAUGCUCUGGAAACUCUCUUAAUUCAUCGAGACUUGCUGAGAACCCCGUUGUUUGAUCAGAUCAUAGACAUGUUGAGAGUAGAACAGGUGAAGAUUCACGCUGGCCCAAAGUUUGCAUCUUACUUGACAUUCAGCCCUUCAGAAGUGAAAUCUCUCCGCACAGAAUAUGGGGACCUGGAGUGCUGCAUUGAGGUGGUGGACAGUGUCCAAGAGGCUGUUGAACAUAUCCACAAGUACGGAAGUUCUCACACAGAUGUUAUCAUCACAGAGAAUGAGGAAACAGCAGAGUUCUUCCUCCAGCAUGUGGACAGCGCUUGUGUUUUCUGGAAUGCCAGUACCCGAUUCUCUGAUGGCUAUAGAUUUGGACUUGGUGCUGAAGUGGGAAUUAGUACUUCUCGUAUCCAUGCACGUGGACCAGUGGGAAUUGAAGGACUCUUAACUACGAAGUGGUUGCUGAGGGGGGACAAUCAUGUCGUUUCUGACUUCUCAGAGCAUGGGAGCAUGAAGUAUCUUCAUGAGAGCCUCCCUCUCCCUCAAAGAAACACCAACUAAGAACAUCAGGGUAGUGGGGAAAACCCAGGGGUAUAAAUAUUUGCUGAAGAUGUUCAGGCUUCAGGGUGCUCUCUUGGGGGGGGGUGGGGGGUGUGUUUUUCAUCUUCAGGAGCAUUGUUCUCCGUCACUGUGUGGUACAAUGGAUACAAAACGACCCCAUCUGUGAGAUUUUUUUUUUUUUCCCCCCUGCCCCUGUUUCCUUAGAUAGUAUCUGCAAACUGACCUCACUUUUCCCAGAGACGGAGUUCUU